UCGUCAGCUGCUCGCACGUGUGGAGCUGGCUGUAAAAAACGAUAUUGUAGACGUUGCGGAGGUAAUUAUUCCAACAAUGUCCUCAGUUGAGUCUUUGAGAGAGUUUGUCACCGAGCGACUCACUGCCGCUGCUCAAGAAAUAUUCGGAGUCUUUGAAAAAACUAUCUUCCAGUACGAGGAAGAGGUCGACCGUCAGCGCAGACUGCUGGAUGUCGUUUGGAAACCUGCAAUAAAGCUACACAGGAUAGAGCUCCCAAAGCAACAUGUCUGUGAGGAGGAGGAGGUUCUCUCUGACCAGCAGCUCUGUGUUCAGGAGAGGAACUCCAGUCUGGACCAAGAGGACCCAGAGCCUCCACAGGUUAAAGAGGAACAGGAGGAACCCUGCACCAGUCAGGAGGGAGAGCAGCUUGAACUGAAGCAGGAGACUGAGACCUUUAUGUUGACUCCUAGUUAUGAGGAAAGUGACCACAGUAAAGAUCAGACUCUGAACAUGAGUAGCGAUGAAAAUCAGAGUAUGGUGGAAGAAACACCUCUAGGCUACACUUCAGUUGAAAGGUCUGUAGUACCGGAACCAAACGAGGACCACCAGCUCCUCUCACACAACUCUCAUGCAGAUAAAAGCCAAGAUCAGAAAGGAGGGAAUCGUAGAUGCUCUGAAUCCACUAAUGAACUUAAGAAAAUACAUCACAAAAGCAACAGUCAGGGUCACAAUGUGUACAACCCGAUUAUUUCACCAAUCCACUGUAUUACAAGCACUGGUAAAGAGUUUUUGCAAUGUGACACAUGUGGAAAACAUUUUAAGUAUAAAUCAACACUUGAGAGACACCUGAGAAUCCAUACAGGUGAGAAGCCAUAUUCAUGUGACACGUGUGGAAAAAGAUUUAGUAGGUCAUCAACAUUGAACAGUCAUAUGAGAGUACACACAGGUGAGAAACCAUAUCCCUGUAUCACCUGUGGGAAGAUAUUCAGUCAAAUUUCAACAUUGAACGCUCAUGCAAAAAUACACUCAGGUGAGAAACCGUAUUCUUGCAACAGCUGUGGGAAAAUAUUCAGUCGGACAUCACUAUUGAGAUCUCAUUUAAGAAUCCAUACAGGUGAGAAACCGUAUUCUUGCAAAACCUGCGGGAAAAAAUUUAAUCGGAAAUCAAUAUUGAUCACUCACAUGAGAAUCCAUACAGGUGAGAAACCGUAUUCUUGCAACACAUGUGGGAAAAAAUUCAGUUGGGAAAAACUAUUGAAGGCCCAUUCAAGGGUCCAUACAGGUGAGAAGCCAUAUUCUUGCAAAACAUGUGGGAAAACAUUUAGUUGGACAUCACAAUUGAAGACUCACAAAAGAGUCCAUACAGGUGAGAAGUCAUUAAAGCAAAAUAUGUAGGAAAAUAUUCUUAGUCAUUUUAGAAUUGGAAAGGUAUAAAACAAAAACCUCCUAGUUAAACCCACACAAGCAAAGAACCACAUGAAUGCAGUACUUGUGGGAAAAAUGUUAUCUUAAAUGUCAGACCUGACAAAACUAUCCAUAAACAGGACAACCCAUCAAACCCUCUGGAGUUUUCUUUCAGUAAAUAGGAAUACACUUUUGUAAUGGCAUCAUCUUUAUGGUUGAAUGUUAAAAGUUUCCCAUAAAGAAGAGGCCACAAUAUUUUAUUUAAAUUAAGUAGUACAUCUUCAACAACGCCAUCAAGUUUUGUUUAAUUAAUUCGUUUAUUUUUCCUUCGCAGUAUAGUGAAACUCAUAUUGCUGUUAGCAACACUAAAGCAUUUUGUGAAUGGUUCAAUUUGAUAUAAGGUGACGUUUGUAGAUAAAUUAAAAAUGAAUACAAAUGUUAUCAUAUAAGUUCACAUGAUAAUAUUUAUCUGCUCGAUAUUUUUUAAAUUCCUGUCAGUCACACUUGGCAUUAAAAUAAUAUUAGGACCUUGUAGAUAUUCCUGAAUCCAACAGUCUGAAUCAAGAAAUACACACAACAUUGUAUUGCUUCCUCCGAAGUAUGGGGAUUGUAUUAUGUAUGAUGUGGUAUAUACACUGUAAAGCUGUGUGAAUUUCCUGUUCGUCUUGAGUUUUUGGUAGGGCUGUGUCUAUGCAUGCUGUACCAAGACUUUCU